AGGGACCGGCUGGAGCUGGAGCUGCGGCAGCAGCGCGAGGAGCAGUGCGAGUGCGUCCUGAAGCGCAAGGAGCAGCACUUGGCCGAGCACAUCGCCAAGAUGAUGGAGCUGGCCAGAGAGAAACAGGCCGCAGAGCUUAAGACGCUCAAGGAGACCUCAGAGAGCGACACCAAAGAGAUGAAGAAGAAGCUGGAGGCCAAGAGGCUGGAACGGAUCCAGGCCAUGGUGAAGGUCACCGCUGACAAGAUGGCCCAGGAGCGGUUGAAGAAAGAGAUUAACAACUCCCACAUCCAGGAGGUGGUACAGGUCAUCAACCAGAUGACAGAGAGCCUGGAGAGGCACCAGGAGAAGCUGGAGGAGAAGCAGGCGGCCUGCCUGGAGCAGAUCCGGGAGCUGGAAAAGCAGUUGCAGCAGGAGGUGCUGGCAGAGUACGAGGCCAGGAUGAAGGGCCUGGAGACUGAGGUGAAGGAGUCGGUGAGGACCUGCCUCAGGACCUACUUCCCUGCUGAGGCUGAGGACAAGCCUGAGAGAUCCUGUGAGGCAUCCCGGGAGCUGUGUGAACAGGACUCACUUACAGUCAAUGCAGACACCCAGGAGAGCUGCCUCUGAUACCCCCAUCCAGCUGGGACAUUCUGCAAGGACAUUCCCUCUUCUGUUGGACGGGGCUCCAUCCCCCCAGGAAGAAAGGCCCCAGCAGCCCCAGUGCUCAGAGGCUGUGGGAAGCUGGAGUUCCCCUGGACUCUGGAGCCGUCUCCUCAACAGCCAGGCUAGAGGAGGAGGCAGGGAUGCCAUCAGGGCAGGGGCUCAUCUGAGGCCCAGAGGUCCUCUCUAAGCUCCCUUCCUGCUCCUCCUUCUCCUUGAAUUAGUGUCAUCUAUUUGUUGAGGGCAAAAGAAUAUGGACUGAGAGGCAGGGAAUGGGGUCCUGGCCUCACCCUGCGUUUCCUAGGGUGCAGCUAGUGGCGCCCACUCUGGAGUCAGUUUCCUCACCUGGAGGGUUAGGCCUGGCCUCCUGGAACCUCCACUCAGCACCUGUAAUUCAAGCAGGACCUGUUCUGCCGUAAGGCUGGCAGCUCACCCAGGCUUCUCGGCCCCAUUGCGGGCGGGCCGGCCCUGAAUUGGCCUCAUUGUCUGCUCCCUGAUUCAGAGCCUGGCACUACCUCCAAGCUCCCUGGGGCCUGCUACCCCUAGGAUUCCAGGCUGAGGUUCCUUCCCUGGCUUCCUGCCUGAGGGGUGGGGUGGGGGGACGCUGACAUGAAAAAGCUGCCUCAGCUGUCUGGCUCUCCGCCCCAGAGGCAACUGGGGCUGUGGCUGGUGGUGAGAGGAAAAGGAUGGCCUUUUGAGCAGUUCCCAUCCAGAGCCCGGCUCACCCCUUCCCCUAGGCUUGGGGGGUCUAUUUCCUAACAUGUACUCCAACCCAGGCUUCCUGACAAGGUCACAUUUGUUUUCUAACUUUAUGAGGUUUAUUUAUUUUUCUCAUUUUUUUUAUUCCUACGAAAGAACUCUGUCCCAAUA